UACCAAUCGAUCAUUAUAUGCACAAAACGCAGCUCCCCGAAGUGGGACACUUAGUUCACACUCAUCAGACUGCAGUACAAGGAAGAGUGUACUGUUCUCUGCUGAAUUUUAAUUCCUUUGUUUUAUUUUGUUGUGUUUGAGGGUGGAGUAUAUUCUGUGAGGCGACAUGAAGCCAGCAGUGACUCUGCUGGGCCUCGUCGUCCUGCUGGACGUCACCUUUGCUGCAGAAAGGUCCUGUGUGGAUCAAUGUGGCUCCUUUGAUCCAGAGAGGAAAUGUCAGUGCGACUCCAUGUGUGUCUACUAUAGAAGCUGCUGUAAAGACUUUGACACCGUCUGCCCCAAGAAGGUUGCCCGGGGCGAUACCUUCGAGGCAGAGUACGUCACAGAAACUGUGACGACUGCGGCUACAACUGUUGCACCAAUUUUCCACCCAACUGCAGCAGUUGUCACUCUCCCACUCAACGCCACACAAGGCCCCACAGCAGCUGCAGACCCUGACGCAGCGCCCUGCAGCGGUCGAGCUUUUGAUGCUUUUCUGCAGCUGAAGAAUGGCUCCAUCUAUGCUUUCAGAGGUGAAUAUUUUUUCGAGUUGGACGACAGGUCUGUUCUUCCUGGUUACCCCAAACUCAUCCAGGACGUGUGGGGAAUGACAGGACCCAUCGACGCUGCGUUCACACGCAUUAACUGUCAGGGAAAAUCCUACAUCUUUAAGGGCAACAAGUACUGGAGGUUUGACGGCGACGUCUUGGAUCAGGACUAUCCACGGCUCAUUUCUGUCGGAUUUGACGGCGUACCAGGCGACACUGAUGCAGCGUUUGCCGUCCCGGCACCAAGCCACCGUGGCAAAGAGAAAGUUUACUUUUUCAAAGGGCACAACUAUUACGAGUAUCAGUUCAAGCAUCAGCCUUCCCAUGAGGAGUGUGUCCGCAUGAGCAGGUCGUCGCCGUCUGUGCUGUUCACGAGAUACACGGAUCUCUUCUGCGAUCAGACGUGGGAGGAUUUCUUCACGGAGCUCUUUGGAAGCUCCUUAAGCAAUCCCUACACUGGCCCUCGGGUCAUCAGUCGGGACUGGCAGGGCAUCAGGUCUCCUGUAGAUGCUGCCAUGGUCGGGAGAGUCUUCCUCAGCCCCACACCCACGCCACGGCCCACUCCAGCAAUGAAGAGGCGGAGGAAGAGGCCCAGCAAGAAGCGUGGACAGCGAAGACGGCAGAGUCGCCAUGUGCUGUUCGAUGAUUUCUGGGGUUAUGAUGAUUUGUUUGAUUACGACUACAGUGACAUCGUCGAUGACAUCACCACACAGGAGCGCAAGAGCACUCCUGUUCAAAAUGUUUAUUUUUUCAAGCAAGAUAAAUACUACAGAGUGAAUCAGCAGACGAAACAAGUCGUCGCCGCCAUGCCGCCAUACCCACGAUCCAUUGCGAAAUACUGGCUGGGCUGCAAGUUCGAGGGGACACCAGAUGAAUCCAGAGCAGAGAAGAAAUAGGCUGCCUGAGGAAAUAGAUAGAAAUCCACUCUGUGUUUUAAAUACAAGUUUGUCUUGAAGUAAUUACAGUAUGAAUUAAUGAUUAUGUGAGUUAUUUUUGUUGUUAAAGCAUUUUGUUCCCAAUGAAUACCCCUCUAAUGUCCCCUGAGAUCCUGUGUUGACAA